AUGAGGGGAUCACCAGCAAAAACAGGCGCAGGUAAUAUUUGACGGUAACUGCCUAUCGUCAAUUUGUUCUAUCGUCUUGUGUACCUUAAGCUCACAUUUUACAAGCGCUAGACCAUACACCAAAAAUACGAUUAUGUUAAACUUAUCCAAAGUCGGAGUCUGCAUCGGAUUCAUUAUUGGGACUGACGUACUUCACCAUACUCAGUCGAAACAAAAGCACUCAACAACAGACAGCAGAGUAUCGUUAUCAAUCAGUCAGAUUAGUGAACACAAGAACUCCCCAGGCCGCAUUGAAAACCCAAAAUGUUUUACGUUUCUGAUGAGAAAAAACUUUUUUCAUGUCAUCUACCUUGAUGACAUUUGGCUCCCCUGCGGUGGGUGAAACAGUGGUAAUAGGCUCAACGAAGUCAUUGUUGUUUCUGGAAGCGUGUUCAUACACAUGCAGCUAUCUAAUCCCAGCCAAUCAGAAGACUUUCGGAGUUGAUCUUUGAUGCAUGGGAUUUACUUAGGGAUUCAAGUAUUGUAAAUGAGGUUUAAUUCUUUUAAUUACUCACACUUUCCCGAUAUGAGAAAUUUUCUGUUUUUAGCUAUGCUGACCAAUAUUAGCAAGGAGUAGUUGAUGAAUUAAAAUAAGCAGUAGUCAGUUUCAGAGUACUAUUCGGGUGAUUAUUUACCAACCUAAAGGGGCAUGAAUGGGCACCUUGGUGAAGAUGCGUAAGCUCGGGUAUAGCUCGUUUAAAUGAGGGCGUGGUGCUCACGUUUGUUUCAAAAAAUUAGUCACAAUAUUGCCAUUUUCUGUCGCCAGACUUUUAUGAUUCUUGAAACAAAUCCCGAACAAUCAAAACGACUUGCAUCCUUUUCUGACUCUCAUCUGUUUGACAUCUUUGUCAAAAACCGCACUGAGACGUUAAUUUGUUCGUUGAUCCCCUAAUUAUAAGUUAGGGUUGUGCUCGAGUACUCUGGAAAGCGAAACAAAUUAAGUCACUCAUUUGUGCUCCGUUUAUCAACUUAAGUGAGGGUUGCUUAUAUUUGGUCUUUUUGAUUAAUGGUCUACUUUUCAAAGCUUCAGGCGCUUUUUAUGAUUCUCCACUUUUUACAGUUUCAGGCUAGUAGCUUCCAUACCUAUCUCUGAAGCUAAGAAUAAAUUAACACCGACGAGCGGCAAAAUAUGCAGUGCGUACUUGGACGUUAUAAGAAGAUAAAACGUACUUCGCAAAAGCCGAAAUUCUUAAGACGGGUAUCAAAGGAGGCUAAAGUUGAGGUUUCGGGUUAUUCGUAAAAGAGGCUGCCCUAGUUCCACAACAACUCCGUUUAAUAGACGACAAGGGAGACUUUUUCACAAUCAAGAUACAUAUCUUGCUGGUUCUAUCUUAUGAGUUAGGACAAGUAUUAAUUCUAAAAAAAGCCUCAGCAAAUUUACAGAACCUGCAUUGUCUUCCAGUCACAUAGUAGCAGAUGUCCGCUAUUUGCAUAAACCCCUGAAGGCAGACAGCUCAAUUUAUGGAGUCUUGAGGUUUCAGGAUUCUGUUGGCACUUGACUGUGUCAGUAGUGACCCGACUAAUCAUCUCCGUGCCAUCGCAGUCGAGGCCUUGGCCUGCGUUCAAGGACAUGGACAGUUAACAGAGAUAACUUACUUCCGCGAAACUGUUUCAACGUCGUCAGAAUUCGAAGUCCCGCUCAAGUUAACCUGUACAAUUACCAGGGAACUUUGACCACAGAAAGUUAUAGUCAAGAUGAUGACUGAGUAUGAUUACCUCGACAACCAACGCAAAUGCUUAUGCGUUACGUCGUUCCGAGUGCGUGUGGCGAAAUAUGUUGUUUUUCGGCAAACUUCUGAUGUAACUCCCCUGGCCUAUGGAGCUCGAGGAAACCGUUUUAUCUGAACUGGUCGCGCAAACAACAAACUUUGUGAGGCAGUUCUUCCAGCCUGCUGAAACAAGUUCGGGUCAUUGCGAAGUCAUUUCACCCAUUUCAUUUGCAUGUCACCAAAUGACUACUGUGUUAGGUAGUAAUUUAGUUGGCCUCAAUUGUCAUGUUAUAUAUUCACAUUUCAAUCUAACAGAGAGGUGUCAAGCAACAAAUGCUGUAGUUAUUUCCUCCAUUAUCUCUUCGGCCUUGUUAAUUUUAAUCUUACCCCAUCUUCUAUUAUUAUGCUUUUUGACCUUGGAGCCAUCAAUGCCUCUGAACUCGCCCAUAUAACGUGCCGCUAAAAGGAUGGACCGCUAACAGAGCCUUUAAAAUCAGAUUCUGGCAUUCCCCACCUUUGGUCAUGAAUUCUUCUCUAGCCCGAAACUCUGCAUGAAUAAAUUCCUAGACUCAUUGAUCGGAAAUCCUUCCCCUGCUCCUGUGAAAGAUAUUCAGGUAGUUGGGGAGGUGAGGGGUAGCUCGCUGUAACAGAUUUGUCGCAUUUCGAAAGUUUGAUCGGCCCUCCACUGUCAAGUCUUCCAGCGCACAAAAUCAAACGGAAAUUCUAAUGACUUGCGAGCCAGUCUAUAUAAGUCUGAUUGAUUUUACUGGCUUCAAUAGUCCCGCCUUCUUUUGGAUGUCUGAAGAGUUAGAUAGCCGUGCGUGCUUUUAGGUAACACCACGAAGGAGGGUACUCGGGUCUCUAUGAGACUAGUUUGAUCUGUUGGAGCCCCUUCUUUACUGUCAGGUGGGCUCGUUGUCGUGUUACCUCUGGUUCAUUUUCUAAAUUUCACUACAGCCCUCUUGUUCUGCUCCUUGUUUAGGUAACGUGGCAGGAUUAUUUAUACCGAAGGACAGUCCUGAUGGAAUAGGAAUCCAAAAAUCAUGCCUUUACUGGGAGCGGUCGCAGCAAAGUCGGAAUUGAACGACCAGGAAACCGACGCGGAAACAACUCUGGCAUAGAGAAUGCCUUUCGAGACCUCUGAUUAUGGAUACUCUGUUCAUUCUUUGUUCGUCCGACGUUUGUUUUGCCUGAUGAAGUGGCUUGAAUGUCCGUUAGCUCUGAAUAGGUUACUGGAGUAUAGUGGUACACCUUUUUGAUACAGUGUUUCAACUUUAAAGUAGAUAGUGGGCAAAGUUACGUUUGUAAAACAAGGAGUAAUUGAUGCUGUUAUGAGCCAUUUGCCUGCUGUUGGUGCCUUUCCCGAAUUCUGUAGAUUGUAGUGCUCCAUUUGCAAAUCAGGGCAGAUGAACUUCGGGGAAGGGGAGGUGGACACUUGUUUCGGAUUUCAUCGCGAAUUAGAUAUUCGGGUCAACUGGUUCAAUAUUCAAUGUGGUUAGUUUUUAUGACGAUGAAGGUGUCGUUAAUAUAACAAGCACACAUCUUCGGUCGAAACUUGGUGUUCCAUCUCUUGAUAGCCUACAAUCUUAGCAAAACCUGAUCUGAGAAGCUCAUUAAACUUUCACUCAUUCGUCCAUACAUCUGUCUACAUAAAAUGAAGUACGUAUGUUUAAAAUGACUGUCGUGAAGCUUGAAAAGGAGUUCCCAAUGCGAAUGCUAAUUGUUAAGGAGUUGGAGUGAAGAGCGAGACGACAUCAAAGGUUGCAAUAGAUUCGUCUGCUUCCAAGUUUACGAUCUUUAUUAGUUCAAAAAAAUUGUUAGCGGAAACUCGUGAGGGAUUUAAUCUUUCAUUUUACUGGUUCGAUGGGGUUUGUAAGGUUUCCGGUCCUCAAGCGGGCUUUGGGUCUUGAUCGAUCAUUCAGACAAGGUAGACAAUAUUGUGGAGUGAUGCCUUUAGAUUGUUCAGUGCUUUUUGUUACUUCCUUUCAAGAGUUUUUAUCUUUUGCCUCAUGAGCUUGGAGAAAUUUUGACGAAUAAUCAGCCCUCCGCUGUCCCUUGUUAUAAUCGUUCCUUAAAGAGUGGACCCAAAACUGACAAUGAACUCUUGUGGUUUGAGAUCUUCUGUGCUGAACAUGACUCGAUUUUCCUUAAAACUCUGACUUGUCUACCCAUUGCCUUCGGAUACGAAAAUAUAAAUGAACUUAGCAGCAAAAAGAGCCCUUAACAUGGAAACAAAGUCAAUAAACAAUUGUCAGUUUCUAAAAUUCCCAACAGAUCCUGCCGCAUCGAGAGAUGAUUCAAUAGAGCACCCGAAUAAGAAACAAAUGAUUGCUGAUUGAGCGGCAGUUGCUACUAUAAUUUUGCAAUUUAAUCCUCUUUCGUACCAAUGUCUAUUUAGUUUGUUCGGCCGUUCUUCACUGCCCAUUGCUUCUGAAUCAGAUGGAAAGGAGACAUGUUACAAGCGACUACUGAAAAGGGUUGACGGCAGUAUACAUUCAGACAAUUUGUCGGAAAAGACGAAAUAAUUGUACUAAUCAAGUUGCUGGAGGAAAGGAGUAGUGCAUAAAGUAGUGAGACAAAAUUAUUGCAAAUGGUUAAAAACAUCAUUAAUACGCUGAAAGCGUUGCACUGAAUUUGGAAAAUGGAAGCAUAUGUCCGUUGCUUUUCAAGCUGGUAUGUUUGAAUUUCGGAAUUUUGGCAAAAUACAUGAAAACGGUUCGAACAUAUCUGAUGAAUGAAGGCAAGUUAAGCAUAAUAAGGCUUGGUACAAAAAAUAAAGGUUAGACUCAUGAUUCACUUGAAUGCAGGAGUUUUUUCGCGAAAAGCCAUUGUGAUGAUUAUAAUUCAGGGACAAUUUCGUGCGCCAAGUUCGUUGUUUUCUGAUUGAUUGGCGAAAGAGGUUGGACAGAUGGGACAAAAAAGCAAGGCGGUCAUGGAUGAGAUGUUCCAAAUGCGUUUUAACAGUCCAAAGACCGAUGUUGAUGGCGAUUCAACCCCAAUGUUCACAGGGUUUACUAAUCCGAACGAGAGACAGGGCGAUAGCGUCGACCAGUUAUGCAAUGCGAUCGAUGAGAGGUGCAACGCAUUGUGACGACGCGCUAUCUGCCCUGUCCAUGUGUCAGUCUUCGCUGCUGCACUUGUGCAGAACAUUGGUCGUAACUCUCCUCUCCUGCUCUCGCAUUCUCAACAACUUUCACCCGUUUUUAUGACGAUGUGGUGUCGCUAACGUUCGAAAAUUCACGAGUAAGCCUGUGGUUUCGAGGCCUUUGUUUUAUUAAAAUGCUAUCGAAACGUCGAUCACGGCACAGUUAACGAAUUCGAUUGGGCCCUAAAAGAAAAUAAAGGCAGGUCACUUAACGCUCAACAAAUUUGCCUGAGUUUGUGAACCUCUGCAAAAUUCCCCAAUAUGAUAGGGCGAAGGAAAAGUAAAGAAUGUACUCUCCUUGCAGUCUCGCACUCUGAGUUAGCAUAAUCCGUCUCUGACUGGGAUCGAAGUCGAGCCAUUGGACACAGAGUGCAGCGCGUAAUAGUCAGAAGAGAGGGGGAGAGGGCGUGUGCUGGAGGGAAAAAGUGGAUUCCUAUAUAGGACUACGGUGAUAUAAUCUGAGACGCAAGUCUUAUGGAGCUCCUCACAUGCCUAGUGACGGAAGAGCGUGCCUGCGAAAAUGAAUUCGCAGCUCCUCUCACGUGUAAGGGGGAACGAAGCAGGACGAUGAUUAGUGAUCCCGCAUCGCCAGCAUGCCCUCGUGUAUGUGUGAACUCAGCUUCCUAGCUGUCUGUCCUAUCUGAAUUCAAAAACAAUAGACAAAAAUGGAAUUUUUGCAGUCUUCUUUCAGGAGAAUACUUCCUCUUCAGCGUUAAUGUUUAAAAGCAAAAUUAUGGUUUAUUCAAAGCGGAAUAACUGACUUUUAAAUGAAAAAGUUGAAGUGUGAUUCACUACAGGUAAACCAUAAGCGGCAUAUGUUGGAUAACCAUCUACUGACAACAUAGUUGACUUUCGAGUAGUAUUUUACACUGCUAGUUAAGGUAUAUAAUACGUAAAUGAUACUAUCUUGCCUGGCGUAAGACGCACUCAUAAGAAAGUUCUUACCACGGCGUACGAAAUAACGUUCGCGCAUCCACACUGUGAUCCAACGUAGAUUAAAAAUUUUUUCCUUGAAUAGAAUUUUAGUGAGUAUAGUCAGCUAUUCCUGAGAUCGGACCCUAUCCCAUCCCAAGUAAGCGCCUUGAAAUCGUUUAAUAACAAAUUUUAAAACCCAUCUAUUUUGUCGCUUUAACAGCUAACGUACCGAAUGUCGUAAGGCAAAUUUUGUCGAUUUAAUGCUAAACAAAUUAAUAAAUUUGCAAAUCUAACGAAGGCCAGCUACCAGCGUAUGACGGCUACGUCGUUAAUUUACCCUAGAGAUAGUGCAUCUAUUACGAUAUGUAAAGCUUCUCUCGUGAUAUUUUAAGUAGUCCUGAAUACAGGGAGUUAUUUUUUGAAAUCAUGUUGUCGGUAUCCACAUUCUUCUAGAUGGUUCACUAAUCUCUAGAAGUGCACUAUGCUGAGGCGUGAGAAGACAGCACAAUCGCUGUAGCAAGAUGACCGCUUUUAUGAUGCAUUUGUAGCAAAUAUAUCUCUCUUUCUCAUGGUUCGAGAUUAAUAGGCAACAGACAGCUGCCUUUGCCGAAUUUCGGCGUCAUCUCUGGUCCUGCGGGACGUUGGAGUCCCUCUGAAAAUACAUAAUAUUUUAGGCCUUUGGAUUCAAAGAACGGUGUUUAUGUAGUAAGGUUACAUCAUGUGUAAAAAUAAUCAGCAUAGGUAUUUGCACCAGCUCCUAUUAAAAUGCACUGCCUAGAACAAGAUUACAUAAUCAAAAUAAGUAGAACAAACCGACGCUACUUUCGCUUCUUCAGACUGUUGCUGUCCACCAUGGUGGGCUGACAACAGCCACGUCCCCUUCCUGAGUUUGUCGGUAUUUAAAAUGCCCUCGAGUUUACGUAAUAGCACAGUCAAGUAAUUUAUUCCCUAAAUAACGACUAUUAACCCUUUAUAGCCGCAGUUUACAAGAAAUCACUGGGACUGGCUCUCCCCUUAUAAACAUCUGAAUCUGCCGAUCUUUCUUGUCAGCAGGCUUGCUGAUAUUCUGGCGUUUAAAUAUGUGCAAUGUAGUUACUACUUUAUAUCAUGCAAGUAGCCAUUAUUUCCGCUAUGGCACUCGGCACUGCCUGCAUUAGACCACGGUGACACAGCUGACCUUUCCAGGUCAUAAAUAUAUAUAAUUCGCAGCUGUGAACAAUAGGAGACAGCAAUGGAGCAAUAUGAAAUCAGAAUUUCUCAGCAGUUGUUCGAUGGGAAAAACUUGUUCCGUCCGUUAAAGACCAAAUAGCAGAGCGAUGGAGAUCACCACUGAGUUAAACGCUUACAAGCAGCUUUAUAUUAAAAGGGUUUAUGUUAGCUUGGAGUACAUCAGUCUCUUUGAGACUUGUAGGGUCAGACAGAAUUUCAAUAUGAAUAUUAGGGCCAAAGUCCAUCAACCACUGUGGAAUAAGCGCGUAAUAUUCAUAAACUGCCAAGAGGCAGCCAGUAGUAUAUACCGAGAUAGCACGAUACAUCAUACGUGACAGUUCGGAUACCAAGCUAAACGCCCACACACGUGUUUCGCCGAUACUCUAUCGCUGCAUGGCAAAGCUGCGAGGGGUUCCGCUCAUCAGUGGGUUCCCUGGCGUUCCCUGCGUGUUUUUGAGCCUAUAAGUCUCAAAUAGACUGAUUUACCCCAAGCUAGAGAUUAAUUUCUGAGGAAAUUAAAAAGCUGCAGUUUAUGUUUCCUCGUUAUGGGACCACUUGUUAUGGUCCGGACCGAAAACUCCAGAGUAACUAUGGUAGAUCAGCGAUUACCAUGCCCACAUGACGGAAUAUUAGGCACCGCAACCGCCGGGAAGUCUCUUAAGCGGUUGACAUGGAAAUUCUCAAUGACCAAAUUAAUAAGAUUCAACUCUCAUGUGUUCACUUUGAGUUUCACAUGGCCGUCUAGUGCUGGCGAGAAAGCCGAAUAUGGGCACUCCAGCGUUCUUUGCCUUCACCGUUUAUAUUUUACGCAUGAUCAUUCAUUGGUUAACAGCAUUCGCUGGUGGACGACUCCUUAAUCGGACGUUAUACCUAUAAAAUUUGGUUUGCCGCGGUGCUAUAGUCACAUUAAAGAUUGAUUGGUGCAAUGACUUUUUAACGCCGAAUGUGCCUGCCAAGGCCUUCGGAGUUAUCGUCUUUUUAUCAUUUGAGAACGUAGGACUCUGUGUUCAUCGAAGCACUUUGAUUGUGUCAAAAAAUCAGGGAGACCAGACCAAAACGUGAACAGGGGCUAGUUUUAGCCCCGUAAAAAUAAACACCUUAUAACUCUAUGGAAUCCAGCCUAUACUGGGGUUGCACGAGUCACCAUAAUGAGGGCACGACUAGUAACUAAGUCUUAGACACGUUUUUCGCCAAAAUUCAGCCGCAGCGAAACAUUUGUCUGGACUUUUAUCUGGUACCUCUGCUGACAGUAUGAUAAAUCAUACAAUAUAUGUAUGCUACCGGGUGCCUGUUUGCAGUUUGUGAAUAUUACGCAGUUAUCUCGCCGAGACCUAUGGAUUUCGGUUCGGUUUUUCAUAUCACCGCUCGCACUGGACCUAUAAAACUUAAUUUCGAAGCAUUUACUUUAAAUUAGCGCAAUGCUUUCUGAGGGGAUUAAGAGGCUGACAAAUCGGCUUAUGCAUCUUGUCAAAAUAUAGACUUCGUGAGAUAUGAGCAGCUGUAAAUAGUUCCUCGCGACUCAUAUGUGCGUUCUCACCGAGACCUCUGUUGAUUGACUCCGUACGCAAAAGUUCAAGACUUCUAUAGCCAAAAUUUCUCAUUCGCGCUAAGAUAUCUUAAAUGGGUGUAGAGAUAGUUAUUAAAACUGAUACCCAGUUAGCAGCUAACGGCAGUCAAAGUCCAAUAACUUAUUCCCUUCUUUCUAAUGAUACUGAGCCUUACCCAGACAGAACGAUUGCCAGAUUUGAGCUUAAACAAUGAGUGGGUUUUCUCCUCUAACCUUUUAGUAGCUUUUUUCACUCAAAGUGGUUUGAACAUAAGCACCGUAAGCUGACUCCACCCGCAAAACAUCCAGGCACAACACACGUUCUAUUUAAAAAACGACACCGCAGACAUCUGGAACUGCACUUUUUGAGCAAAAGCGCAAAAUUUGGUCAAAGUAGUCGCUGUUCCGGUAGUUUUCUCUUAAUUGUGCCAUAGAUUACACCGUUUGGGGUUUCUAGAACAUACUGUUAUGUGCGCAGUGUCAGCCUGUGUGCAUGUUCUAGCGCGUGGCAUGCAUGCAUGCAUAUAUCUUUGGUAUUUUCAUACACUCAUUAGGUUGAAGUAGGUAUCAAGAGAAGACAGGCAAGUUUUGCACAAGUUCAAGAGUGAAAAGUAUCCACAAGUGAUUGGAUUUACUGUCGAUGUGAAGUAAGAGGCUGGGUGUGAGAGGUAACGUCUGUUCUAAAAUUCUGAAUGCGGAUAAAUUCCGAAACUUUUCAUGUAACUCUCUAGAUGCCCACCCCGAACCGCCGGACGCUGUUUUGGACUGCUUUCAACUUCUUUUUAAUAUAUUGCCAGAAGUCCGUAUCUUCCUUCUUUUCGCAAUGAAAAUAUUAGUUAAUAACUCUAACCAACCGGUAGAGUAUAUUCAAACCUCCAAGAGAGCUGGUGCCUUACGUUCUGCUAACGGCCUGUGGUUAUUCCUGUUACGAAUAGAUGAAGAGGAAUUUCAUAAUCGAGGCAUAGUACGUAAGCCCUCGAAGAUACUCCGUACGGAGUGCUAGUAUUUGCUUUUAAAAACAACCCGAAUGGACAAGGGACACAGUGGGCACAAAAACCCGAAGCCAUCAGUGAGUUUAAAGAAGCAAUUUUGAGCGAUGUUAAAAAAUCUUUCGAUGAAAAUUCUUAUAUAAUUUUCCUGUUCACUAAUCAAACGAUGUUAUAAUGUCUGGUUAAAAAGUUGGUUAAAAGUGGGUUAAAUUGUUAACUUACCAGUUGAUUGAAUUCCGAAAUUUCUCCAUACAUCAUUUAAAGGAGCCCAAAGUAUUCUUUCCGAGCUGAUUCUCAUUUGCCGCAAUGCAGGUUUCGAGUUUGUCAGUAUCUAUUCCCAUCCCGGAGGGCAGUGUUUCAUCCUCAAAUGACCUUUUUAAAAGGUCCGGAUCUUGAAAUUGGGACAUGGCUCAUGUGCUGAGGCUCGGUUCUGCCUAUGGCCGUCAAAAGGAAAGAGCCUAUUGCUAAAUCAUAUUUGUAACCGUCCAAACUCGCGGAUUGUCGUUCACGUGGUCUUUUUGAAAGUUUAAGGUGUGUAGAAGGGGCUGUCUGCCUUUAAAAUGGUCAUUCCUGCAAAAACCCAAGGAAGUUGGAAACACUGAAUUUGUGGAAUCACGAACAGAAACAGGAUGAGGGUAUAAGGGCCAGGAGGGUACGGAGAGAGUGAAGGUGACGUGGAAGGUUAAUCCUGGUAAUAGGAGCAGCAUGGACACCGCGCUCCAAAUCUUUUAUGGCAUGUUGACUUAGGAAAUGUUGUGUGGCGGACAGCUGAAAUUCUUGGCAGAAUAAUAUUGCUGACAAAGACUAGGGAGACUAGAACGGUCAUUUUUGACUUAUUAGACGCCGUCGACCAGCUAUACCCAACCCCGGUUUUUGCAAACUCUGAGGCUCGAACCCACAUUCUGUUGAGUAGAAGUCCAGUGUCCUAACCAUGCAGCCGCGGGCUCGUUGUCCCAUCGGUUGUGAUCGGGUAUAUCAACAAUGGUAAGGGGGGGCGCUCAUCGAUCGGGUUACAGAACGUACUCGUCUCGUUGUGCCUUGGGACUCACUGAAGAACCCCACCAGCGGGCGCACAGCAGAAUAACAUUAUUGAAGAAGACAGGGAGACUGGAAUGGUCAUUUGAGGCCUGGUAGCCGUCAUCGUCAGAUGAGAUUCUCCAUGACUAAUGAAACCUGCCUUAUUUUCUUGAAAUUUUGUUUGUAUUUGUUGUGGCGUGAAAUUAUAGUGUGAGAACACGAAUAAAUGCCUAAAUUUUGGAGUACGUUUAUUUGCGCAAGUUUAUUCCAAGCUUUUAGAACUAUUUACAUGUGGGCAUCAUGGCAGCGCGUUAAAAGAAGACGGUUUUUGCUCAAUUUAGGAACGUUCUAGCCUAUUUUUUCGAAACAUGUAGUGCUGGACGUGUUUGUGUGUGAAGCGAUUCUCCUCAAUAUGGUGAUGCCCAGUUAUGGAUUUUGCAACCAGUUGCAAAAUUGUCCUCAGAAUAAACUCCGUGCCAAGUUCAGUCUGGCGUGUUUUCUAGAAACAAUGGAGAAGUAAUAGUCGCACAUGAGACCCUGUUUGGAAAUUACCGUUUCUUAAAAACACUUGUUUGUGACAAAUGAACACUUCAACUAAUGAUAAAUAGUUUGAAGUCCAACAUGAAUUGCUGCCUUGGUUCAUGACGCUCAAAUUACUAGGCAUGGAUGAUUCUUAAAAUCACUUCCUUUUUCGGAGAAAAACAACCUGGUGCGCAAAAAACGUCACUUAAAUCUGAAAAGACGGACAAUUUUUGUUUGGAAAGUCGUGAAAUCGAUAGGGUACGUGAAAGAACACGUGUUUAGUAAAGUUUCUAAUCUAGACCUUUGUAAAUUUCGAUGUCUACCACGAUCCCUGUGUUCCCAAAAGGGUGAUUUCCACAACGAAGACUAUUUCUGACUUUGCUGCAGUUAUAAACCGGCCACAAUCCAAGCCCAGACGGGGCGCGUGACUAUUAAUCUCUAUGUAACCACCUGCAGACAUGCUAUAUCCGUAGUUUAAAAACGCAACGGAACUGAACAUCGACGUUUUUUAAUCAGGACAGACGUCUGAACGCCACCUUUCGUCGACUUUAAAUUUUUCUUAAAUUCUAGGUGAUGCGGAUUGCUGUAGCUAGUCUAAGAGAACUUGACGUUUGCUGGUUGGACUGCUUGUACUAGAGGUGGCCUUAUCCAGAGGAGGGGGUUACGGAUAUUGUUAGGAUUAGGGUUUGGGUUAUGAGGGUUAAUGUUAGGGUUAAAGUUAGAACAGGGGAAUUUAACUCGAGGCCAUCUGCAGUACGGGGGAUGUAGUCCCGUGUCCGACCUAGUAGGCCGGCGUAUCCAGAUUCGCAUGCAAUCAUUUUGGCUGCUUUUAGAGGAGUGGUUUAAUUUUGACAGACUCUGGUAAUUUAUUAAGGCAACCAUCAUCUGCUUCAGAAAACGUGUCCUAUGAUGCCCACUCAUGACCUAAGAUCUCCUACGUUGUUAUGGGACCGCAAAUGUGCAAGAUGAGGUAAAGCGGAAUUGGAAACAAAGUAAACACUCAGCCAACAUUAAACAGUCGAACUCCUCUGCAUUACUUCAAUCGUGAUACUGAGGUUGUUGGUGCAGGAUAAGUUCCGAUUCCAUUGGAGUGUUAUUUAACGUUAUAUCAUUACUGCAGGGCGGAACUGGCCUUUCCAUUUUGAAUUGGAGCUCUCGAUCUACAGCCAAUGGGCGACCACACGCCGAGUAAAAAUCAAUAAUCGGAAAAUGUCAUUAACUGAAAUGGUAAUUUUCAGCCUAUUUGCUGACAUCAAGAAGCAACGCCCUAACCUACGUGCAGGCGCACUCUAGAUUAGGGGGUGCUUUGCUUGAUAUGCUUAAUGGCGCGCUGGAUGCGGACUCAAAUUUUGGCGUGCCAGUACUUAUGGUUGGAGUAUCACUGACCGAUGACAGCAGGGGACCAGAAGUUGUUAUUUCGAUGUCAACAGUUUCUUUCUGGAACACUUAUUCGUGUCGUUUGAUUUUCAGCAUUCGAAACAUGGGAUCAUUUUGUGUGAGAGUCUGCCAAAACGGAAAAAAAGAGGAGGCGACUUUCCCAUUAGGAAUAGGGUAAUCCGUUUUUUUCAAAACAGAACAGUACAUCAUCCACGACUCAGAUGCAGAACCCCUGUGGAAAACGGGAAGUUCGGCGGUUCUAGAACGCAGGACGAGCAUCGCUUUCUGCUCGGUGAGUUCUAGUUUCCCAUAGAUUACUUUGCAAAACAGAUUUCUGUCCCUGAAAAAAAUUCUAGACUAUAUCAAGUCCCGAUAUCGGUUUAGAAUCAUGAAAAAAUCGAUUUACAUCGAGUAUCGUCGUAAAGAUUGCGUUUUUAAUUAUUGCCCCACCUCUCCAGAUACAUACAGUUAGCUACUUUUUUUCGGAUGUGUAACACCAAUAACGACGGGAAAGACUCAAUCUCGGUCCAUUUCUCCGUAUUUGCUCCGAGUUGAGUGUGAAAUUGAAGAAACCGUAUAAUUUUUAAAUCGGCCAAGAAAAGAAAGAAGAUGACGGUGGUGAUGGCGAUGAUGAUACUGCCUCUGCUGUCGCUGUUGCUGUUGCUUCUGCUGCUGCUGCUGCUGCUGCUGCUGAUGAUGAUGAUGAUGAUGAUGAUGAUGAUGAUGAUGAUGAUGAUGAUGAUGAUGAUGAUGAUGAUGAUGAUGAUGAUGAUGAUGAUGAUGAUGAUGAUGAUGAUGAUGAUGAUGAUGAUGAUGAUGAUGAUGAUGAUGAUGAUGAUGAUGAUGCGAUAAACAGACGCUGA